AUGGUCAAAUCCAAUGGUUCCUGGGAUCAUCAAACAGACUUUGGCGAGUUGAGAUUUCCGAGUGUCACAAGGUCGCAAUAUUUCCCCAAAAGCUCUGUUGCAAUGAUGAUUCUAGGUGCACUCUUUACACUCAGCUUCCUCUUUUCUCUGAUGGUUGCAAGUGGUUUGGUGACUGUCGAUCUUUUGGCCGGAAUCGCCAUGUUAGCCUUUGUCUCGGUCUACAGUAGAGCCCACAAGUUGAUCCGGAAGUUUCAAGGAGAAGAUUCGAAGCUCAAGAACGAAGCACCAAGAGGCGUCUCAUCAGCGAAACUUUCCACAGCCACCAAGAAGGCUGGAGUUCUAUCAAAACAACUGUUAUCCGUUCGGUAG